CUGAGUAAAUACAUCUAAGCAGAAUACAUCUAAGCAGUGGUACUAAUCCCAUUACUUAAUAGACAAAUAAUUUAAUAUGAUGAUUUAAUAUGAUGGAAAAAAGAGGCAUUUUGUCACUUUGUAACAUAAUACCUUGAGCCCUGGUUAUUUUCUGACCCCGAUGUGAAUCCACAUUGAAAGCAGCUUUGAUCAGUUGUCUUAUGCAAUCUUCAGAGAUCCCAGAAGAGCUCCUGGGAACUCAGGCGUUGGUAAUUCAAAGUGUCUGUUGUUCCUCUCCAAACACAUGCACAUCAAAGCAGCGUGUCUUUUACAUGUUCCUACUCUAAAAAUGGAUUUAACUGGACUGAACUCCAAAGGACGCUUUUUGAUGGUUUUAUGUAUAGUUUCUUACCUUUACAAAUCCACCGCUGCUGAGGGGAGCUGCAAACUCAAGGCCAAAUUCAACCUGAGGGGUUAUAAGGAAGUGGAGAAGAAGACGGUGGUUAUUGGCGGUAUGUUUCCCGUUCAUCAGCGCCUAACUGACACUGACAGCAACACCACGAUCGCUCCAGAGUCCUCUGAUUGUGAGGGCUUUAACUUCCGUACUUUCCGCUGGGCUCAGACCAUGCUGUUUGCCCUGAAUGAGAUUAACAGCAGAGAUGACAUCUUACCGUUUACUGAGCUGGGUUACGUCAUCUAUGACUCCUGCUUCACCAUUUCCAAAGCCGUCGAGGGAACGCUCACCUUCCUGACAGGCCAGGACGAGGCUGUGCCCAACUACCGCUGCGGGGAUGGACCCCCUCUCUCUGCUUUGGUGGGGGCUGGAGGCUCUGAUCUGUCCAUAGCCACAGCCAGGAUACUCGGCCUCUACUAUUUCCCACAAAUGAGCUACGCAUCCUCAUGCUCAGUUCUCGAAAGCAGGUUUCAGUACCCCACCUUUCUCCGCACCAUCCCCAGCGAUGAGCACCAGUCUGUGGCCAUGGCCAAACUAGUGCUUCAUUUUGGCUGGACCUGGGUGGGUACCAUCGCGGCUGAGGACGAUUACGGGAAAUACGGCAUCAAGAGGUUCAAGGAGGUGGUGGAGGAGGCGGGAGUUUGCAUAUCCUUCUCCGAAACCCUCCCCAAGAUCAAUAACCCAGAAGCCAUGAAGCGCAUCGUGCAGUCGGUGCUGGAUUCCACAGCUAAGAUCAUCGUGGUGUUCUCCUCCGACGUGGAUCUGAGCCCCCUAGUUGGGGAACUGCUGCGCAACAACGUCACCAACCGCACCUGGAUCGCCAGCGAGGCCUGGGUCACGUCAGCCGCCAUCUCCCACCACCCCGACAUACUGCCUGUCCUGGGGGGUACAAUAGGGUUUGCGGUCAAGCGUGCAGAUAUACCCGGCCUGAAAGAGCAUCUGCUGAGCGUUACUCCAUAUAAUGACACUCUGACAGAAGAGUUUUGGGGAAUAGUCUUCAACUGUACUAUGAAUUAUAAGCAGGUAUUGAGAGGCAUGAGGAGAUGCACUGGAGAAGAGAUACUGGAGAAGUUAAGUAAUACCUUCACAGACGUGUCGCAGUUGAGGAUUACAUAUAACGUGUAUAAGGCUGUAUAUGCCGUGGCACAUGCCCUCCAUAACCUAGAGGACUGCAAACCCGGCAGUGGCCCAUUUGAGAAUAACACAUGUGCUGACAUUACAAAAUUUGAGCCUUGGCAGCUGAUGUACUACUUGAAAAAUCUCCGAUACACUGUUCCUCACACCGGAGAGGAGAUAUACUUCAAUAAUGGCGACGUAGAUGGCUUUUAUGAAAUCUUAAAUUGGCAAGGUGAUUUGGAGGGACGGAUUACAUAUACCCACAUUGGUUACUACAACAGCACAGCACCCACUGAGGAGAGGUUGAUCAUCCAUAAUGGCUCCAUCAUAUGGAACAAUGAUAUUCUGGAGACACCGCGAUCUGUGUGCAGUGAACGAUGCCAGCCCGGCACCAGGAUGGGUAUCCGGCAGGGAGAACCAGUCUGCUGCUUUGACUGCAUCCCCUGCGCAGAUGGCGAGAUCUCUAACACAACAGAUGCACGAGGCUGUAUCCAGUGCGAUGGAGACUACUGGUCCAAUGCCAAUCACGAUACGUGUGUGCCAAAGACCAUUGAAUUCCUGGACUUCACCGAACCUCUUGGGAUCACACUGAUCGCCAUUGCUGCUUUUGGCGCUUUAGCAGCUAUUGUAGUUGCGAUUAUCUUAUUGAUGCACCUUAACACACCUUUGGUGAAUGCCAACGACCCACUGCUUAGCUUCUCCUUGCUGCUGGGUUUAGUGAUAACCUUCCUCUGCUCCAUUGUGUUCCUCGGUGAGCCUCAGAUGUGGUCUUGCAUGACCAGCCAGGUAGCUUUGGCCGUAGGCUUUGCUCUGGUCCUCUCCUCACUAAUGGGCAAAUCUGCUCUUCUCAUGCUGAGAGCCAGAGCCGUGAAAGCCGUCAAAGUUGCUAUGAAGGCAGCCAAAGCAGCGGCAGCGGCAUCUGAGCAGAGUCCCGACACUGCCGUCAUCGCUCCAGCUAUUCCUCAGAAGAAUGACAUAGACCCCAUACAUCCCAGGCACCAGAGGGCGAUAAUGAUAGUGUGCACCCUGAUCCAAGCGGUGGGUUGCACCGUGUGGCUGAUUCUGAUGCCUCCACACCCCGUGAAGAACACAGCCGCCCAGAACAUCAAGAUCAUCCUGGAGUGCGACCCUGGAAACAUCAUCUUCAUCUGCUCCAUCUUUGCUUAUGACAUUCUUUUGGCUUUGCUGACUUUCACUUUUGCUUUUGUGGCACGAAAGUUGGAAGACCACUUCAACGAGGGCAAGAGCGUGACCUUCGGCAUGCUGGUGUUUUUCAUCGUUUGGAUCUCCUUCGUGCCCGCCUACCUGAGCACACGUGGGAAAUUCAUGGUGGCGGUGCAAAUCUUCGCCAUCUUGGCUUCCAGCUUCGGUCUGCUCGCAUGCGUCUUCAUCCCCAAGUGCUAUGUGCUGCUUAUCAAACCAGAGAGGAACAAAGAGGAACUGUUGAUACCCCGAGCCAAAUCACGUGACACUGCCGCCAGCGGAAGCUCCGCAUCGCUCGCCACCACCAGCAGCUCCGCUAACGCUAAUGGAACCACUGUAUCCACUGUGUCUCUAGAUGACUGAAGCCAGUCACUGUGUCACCGUGAAUGUAGAAGUCUUAUUAUAUUGGACUUUGCCAUAUUUCCGGUAUCUUUGAUAUAAAUUUAGCCAGAUGUCAGAUCUAAAACAUAAUAGGAAUACCAGUAAAUGGCUUUAAGGGGACAUAUCAUAAUUUUUUACAAAUUUUUCCCCACAAUGUCUACUUAUAAUAACUUUGUUUUCAUAAUUUAUCACGAUUAUAAUCAUAGUUUUUAUGACCAUAUUUCAUUAUCUAUUAUACCCCUUGCAGAGUGUCUUUUUUUGUUGAUGUUUUACUUUUAAAACUUGCAUGUGAAAUUAGGUACAUUGCUGUGCAGCACUUUUAAUAUCUAACUGCUGCAUUCCAAUAUAUUCAUCUAACAUCAGAAUGCUGGGAAGGCUCAUUUAUGGAGCUUGGUUUCAAAAAAAUUUACCAUAAAAAGUUAAAGAGCAGACCAAAAAUAUAAUCUAAAUAUCCAACUUUAGACGAAAGGUGCAACACUUAUAAUGAAUAAAUUAAUCCAUGUUAAACAAUACAUUUUUACAUAUUAUUUUUUGUGAAUUUUGCACAGUACAGUUACAGUAUGUUUGCAUACUGCAUGCAUUUAAUUUCAAAUGAUCAAGGAACAAUUGAUUGCUUUUUAGGUGAUUUUAUUUUUGGUAGUUUAAACAACAUAUAUACUAUAAAUCAGAAAAAUAGAAACAAAUAAAGAAAAGGGAACAAGAAAAUUUAAAUGAGCAGGAAUCUGUGCACAGGGAUGUUGGUACAGGUAUGGCUGUAGCUUAGUUGUUCAGAUUACAAGAAAAAACCUGCACUGACUACAUCUAAAAUAUAAAACAAAUCUUUUCAGAGGCAAAUUUUAGUCUUAAAAGGAUGACAAAUAAAGAGGUAAAUGUAAUACUGAUGUCUGACAGCAGGUGGAAGCAUUGAAAGUCCAUAUGAGAUCUCUCUCCACUGGAAAUGGCACAGUAAAUUAAACUGUUCUAUUUGUUCUCAGUUAUAUAAAAUAAUUAUUGCAAUAGUUUUGCUAAAAAACAAUGAAGUAUAUUUUUGUGAAAAUUCUGUAAACUAUGAUGUUAAUUUAUUUGUGGAUUUGAAAAUUCAUUUUCAAAUUUAGAUUAGACUGCAUGUGUUUUAGACAAAUAUGGGAGGCAUCACGGAUUCAUACACAAAUUACAUCUAAUGUGAACUGUUUUGAGCGAGGUACCCAAUUCUGAACAGGACUCUACUGAGGCCUUCAUUGUGUUGCUCUUAAACAGUACGGAUAAAAUUAUGUGUAUUGCUUUGUCUCUUUGCUUUAUCUUAUUCAUAAAAUAAAAGUU